CGCUCCAUUUGCUCCGUCCACAGUCCAGACUCCACCCAGAGCAUGAACCCGCGCUACAAAACCCUCCCCAAAUCCUACAAAGCCCGAAGCUUCCUCCGCAGAUCCAACCAAACCCUCGUCAAAUCCUUUGCCUCCUCGGCCCCAGCCGCGUCGAGCGCACUGCCCCACACCGACGCGCUCGCGGAGCUCGUGCAGGCCACCCGUUCGGCGAAAUGCCUCCGCAGGCUCCACGCGCUGCUGGCCGUCUCGGGCACGAUCAACCGGGACACCUCCGCCGUCACGGCCGCCGUCGAGGGGUACCUCUCCCUCGGCAUGCCGGGCGCCGCGGCCUCGGUGUUCGCCGGAUCCCACCGCCGCCGCCCCACGGUGUACUCGCUCAACCUCGCCGUCCGCUGCUUCUCGGCCCACGGGUUCCACCGGGAGCUACUCGAGAUGUACAGGAGGGCGUGCGUCUUCGGCGGCUCUGACAACUUCACGUUCCCGCCGGUCAUCAAGGCGUGCACGGCCGUGGGCUGCCUUCGCCUCGGGAGGGAGGCGCACGGCAGGGUCCUGCGGGAUGGGCACGGGGCCAAUGUCGGCGUGCAGACCGCACUGCUUGACAUGUACGCCAAGGCUGGCUGGGUUGGCGCGUCCAGGAAGGUCUUUGACUGCAUGGCGCAGAGGGACUUGAUUUCCUGGAACGCGCUGAUCUCAGGGUAUUCUCUGAAUGGGUGCUUCAGAGAAGCUGUCGAGGCUAUGAGGGAGAUGCAGGAGGAUGGCAUGAGGCCGAACGCUAGCACUUUUGUUGCCGCUAUCGGUGUGUGCAGUGCCGUUGCAGAUUCGGAUGCUGGUGAUUCGCUGCAUGCGUUUGCACUGAAAUGUGGGGUGCUUGGUGAUGAGUCCCUUGCGCCUGCAUUCAUCUCAAUGUACGCCGCAUUCAAUGAUCUUUCUUCGUCGCGGUUGCUCUUUGAUCUGCAACCUGUGAAGGAUUCGGUGUCUUACAAUUCCAUGAUCUCAGCGUACAUGCAGCAGGACAAAUGGAAGGAAUCAUUUGAGGUCUUCAGGUUGAUGCGUUGCGCAGGACUAGGGCCUAAUCUGGUAACAGUGGUAUCUGUCCUUCCAACCUGCAGUGACUUUUUUGGUGUAUGCGUCGGCGAAUCUGUGCAUGGCAUGGUUAUCAAGUUUGGCCUAGCAGAGCAGAUUUCUGUUGUCAGCGCUCUUGUUUCCAUGUAUUCUAAACUUGGGGAGUUGGAUUCAGCUGUGCAGCUUUUCUGUAGUUGUACCGGAAAGAACCAUCUUCUGUGGAACUCCAUAAUUUCUGGGUACAUUUUGAACAACGAAUGGCACACUGCUCUUGAUACAUUCCGCAGGAUGCAAAGCGAAGGUGCUGCAGCCGAUGCAACAACUGUUAUUAAGGUCAUCUCCGGGUGCAGGCACAUAAAAGAUUUACGUUUGGCAAAGUCCAUCCAUGGAUAUGCUGUGAGAAACAGUUUUGAGUUGAACCAAAGCGUGAUGAAUGCACUCCUGGCUAUGUACGGUGACUGUGGAGAACUCUCAAAUUCAUACAAGUUAUUUCAGAAAAUGGAAGUACCUAUGUUGAUAUCUUGGAACACGAUAAUAUCUGGCUAUGCUGAAGCUGGAGAUGCAGAGGCUUGUGUAAGACUCUUCCGCCAGAUGCGCCAAGCAGACUUGCAGUUUGAUGUAGUAACCCUGAUUGGCCUUACCAGCAGUAUUUCGGUGGCUGAGGAUGCCACAAUUGGAGAAUCACUUCAUUCUUUGGCAGUUAAAAGUGGAUGCAGUACAGAUGUUUCUCUUACACACACCCUCAUUACCAUGUACAGCAGCUGUGGUUCUGUUCAGGCAUGCCAGCGACUCUUUGACAGCUUGUCUUCUGUGAACACAGUCUCUUACAAUGUUCUGAUGACUGGAUACCGUAAAAACAACCUAUCUGAAGAGAUCUUACCUUUGUUUUAUGAAAUGGUAAAGAAUGAGAAGGAGCCAAAUCAUAUUACAUUACUGAAUGUAUUGCCUGUUUGUCAGAGUCAGUUGCAAGGAAAGUCUGUCCACUGCUAUGCAGUUCGAAAUUUCUUCAGGCUAGAAACCCCUAUGCUCACAUCAGCCAUUUGUAUGUACAGUUGGUUCAACAAUUUUGAUUACAGCUGCAAACUCUUCAAUUCGGUUGGUGAAAAAAACAUCAUAGUAUGGAAUUGCAUCUUAUCUGCCUGUGUUCAGUGCAAGCUGGCUGAUAUUGCAUUUGAUUUCUUCAGGCAGAUGUGCUUCCUUAAUGUGAAUCCUGAUGCAGUAACCAUGUUGUCACUCAUCUCAGCAUGUUCGCAGAUUGGAAAAGGAGAUUUGGCAGAAUGUGUUACAGCUCUCUUACUAAAGAAUGGCUUUGGUGGAAGCCUUUUUGUUGUCAAUGCUCUCAUUGACAUGCAUUCAAGGUGUGGAAGCAUUUCAUUUGCAAGAGAGCUCUUUGAUAGCUCAGGGGCAAAAGAUUCUGUUACUUGGAGUGCAAUGAUCAACUCAUAUGGUUUACAUGGGGAUGGCAAGUCUGCCCUUGACAUUUUCUCCAUGAUGAUAGCCUCAGGAGUGGAGCCAGAUGAUGUAACUUUUGUUAGUAUCUUGUCAGCUUGCAGUCAUAGUGGCCUUGUAGAGCAAGCAAGAUCCUUGUUUAAAUCACUACAGAUAGACUACGGCAUCACACCGAGGAUGGAGCAUUAUGCAUGCAUGGUGGAUCUGCUAGGUCGAACUGGCCACUUGGAUGGAGCCUAUGAUGUUGUCGGGUCAAUGCCAUUCAGACCAUCAGAAAGUUUGCUUGAGUCAUUGCUUGGAGCCUGUAGAUUCCAUGGAAAUUCCAAAAUUGGUGAGGCUGUGGGGAAAUUGCUCAUUGACUCUGACCACAGUAAUCCACGGUCUUAUGUCAUGCUUUCUAACAUCUAUGCUUCAGUUGGUAAAUGGAAUGACUAUGAGUGGCUGCGGUUAGAUAUGGAAGGAAAAGGGUUGAGGAAAGAUGUGGGAAUCAGUUUGAUUGAGUAGCCCUGAUCCUACAACAAGCUCCAUUAGCUAGAGAACUUUUUUUUUGUCAAACACAAGGCAUUAAAAUUGUGGGGAAUGUGUUGAAACCCUGCUCAAGCCUAAGUUGAUGUUUGUUUACUGACAGCUGGUAGAGCAUUUGUUUAACACAAGAAAACAUGCAAAAUCAUUCUUCUGCGAGAUUGAUAGUUGUUAGAGCAUUUUUUUAACGCAAGAAAAUAGUCUAAAUCAUUCAUCCAUGGAUUAAUUCUUGGAGUAGCUAGUUUUUACACAAAGUUUGAAAUAUCUCCAUCUCAGUGCAACCAGGAUUGUUUGCUUUUAAAAUGCUAAAUGCAUUGUUAUCCUUGAUGGAAGAUUGUGGUCAUUUAAAUGGUAUGCGCUCCACAGCUGUUGCAUUGCUGUUAUGGUGAUAUCUUAAAGAAUUGCUUCGUCUGAUUUGGAGAAGAUUGUGGACAAGCUAGGUCAACAGAAUCUCAAUGAGAUAUCCAUUCUAUCAAAUUCGAGUAUCAGGUACAUACAUGAACACAACAAGAUCUCCUGACAAUUGGGCAGCCAGUUAUAGAUGUUAUACUCUUGACACCUCGUAAUGUUGGUAUAAGGAUGCCCAUUGGGAAGACUUCAGUUCUGCCAAACAGGCAACACAAAUAUUUCUUCCUGCAAAGGUGUCUCGCUUUAAUUAUGAAAGAGGCUACACGCGAAACAUUUUGUAGCACUUGUCUAUUAAGAAAGGGCUAAUGUUUCUCAAAUCAAUUAUAGUAUCCAUUUUUUCUUCAGAAAAGAAAGAAAGAACGUUCAGGGUGGGCUUCCAGACAAUCCUCCACAUUUAUACCACUGUAAAGAUUGUUUGUAUCCCAUCCCAGCAAUGCUCGACUUACUGCUUUCACAUAUGGUAACUUCCAUGUUAUCAUUGAUUAGGUACACACACAGUAAAUUGUUAUGGUAGAAAUGAAGACACAAUGAUUGACAUCAUCUGUUCCGUUAGAAAAGUACGGCAUACAUGUAGGUAAUUGUUUUCAUAUUUGCUUCCUGCUUUAUUUACUCUAAAGAAUAAAAACAGAUCCAACCAGUUUCUUAAAAAAUGCUAUGUUACAAAGAAGACCGCGUGCUUUCUUUUGCUCUACUUUUUUUGUUUUGUUUUUACUUUUAACCAAUCUGCGCACUGAAUGACAUAUGAAGAAUGAUUCAACCAAUGAAAUGCCAACUAAACUAAAGAAAGAGGAACUUGAAGCACUAAGCUUUUCUAUUAUUUCCAACUAUCAUGACGUUCUAAAUGAAUAUUUCCAAUACAGUUGUUCCUGCUUCCUGCUUCAUGCUGGCACACAAUUUCCUUAACCAUCCAGCUUGUGCCAGUACUUUGAUAAAAGUAAAAUAGUGUACAAAAACUACAGGAAGAAAUCAAACCAAAUAUUGCAUUAGGGGGAUAAUUCCAAGUCUUCCCCACAUAUGAAUAUUUUUAAAUUGAUCCUAUUCUCUACUCCCAGGUGGCUCUCCACUGUCCCAAUUCUUUCAACCCUUCCUCCAGUGUUGUCUCCCCAAUACCUGCAAAAACUGCCCAAACCUUUUCCCCAUCUCCAGUCUCCUCCCCUCGUUUUGAAGAUCCUUCAUCCUUCGAUUACAAAAGAUACAGGCACAAGGUCUCAAC